CUCAGGCGCUGGGCGAACAUGGCGGCUGCGGUCGGGCGGGACACCCUACCUGAGCACUGGUCCUACGGCGUCUGUCGGGACGGUCGUGUCUUCUUCAUCAAUGACCAGCUCCGCUGCACGACCUGGCUGCACCCGCGGACCGGCGAACCGGUCAACUCGGGUCACAUGAUCCGCUCAGACUUGCCGCGCGGCUGGGAGGAGGGCUUCACGGAGGAGGGCGCCAGCUUCUUCAUCGACCACAACCAGCAGACUACAACAUUCAGGCAUCCCGUGACUGGACAGUUUUCUUCAGAAAACAGUGAAUACGUCCUGCGGGAGGAGCCACACCCACAUAUGUUGAAGCAAGAGAGAAACCAAAGACCGUCCAGCAUGGUCAGUGAGACGUCCACGGCCGGGACCACGUCCACCCUGGAGGCCAAGCCUGGGCCCAAGAUCAUCAAGUCCAGCAGCAAAGUGCACAGCUUCGGGAAGAGGGACCAGGCCAUUCGGAGGAACCUCAAUGUUCCCGUGGUGGUGAGGGGCUGGCUACACAAGCAGGACAGCUCCGGGAUGAGGCUGUGGAAAAGACGCUGGUUUGUGCUGGCUGAUUACUGCUUGUUUUAUUAUAAAGACAGCCGAGAAGAAGCCGUUCUUGGGAGUAUCCCUCUGCCCAGCUACGUCAUCUCCCCGGUGGCCCCUGAGGAUCGCAUAAGCCGCAAGUAUUCCUUCAAGGCUGUGCACAGGGGCAUGAGGGCACUCAUCUACAGCACAACCACAGCGGGCUCUCAGGCGGAGCACUCGGGCAUGAGGACCUACUACUUCAGUGCCGACACCCUGGAGGACAUGAACGCCUGGGUCAGGGCCAUGAACCAGGCUGCACAGGUGCUGUCUCGAUCAUCACUGAAGAGGGACAUGGACAAGGUGGAGCGGCAGGCCAUGCCACAGGCCAACCACACUGACGCCUGUCAAGAAUGUGGCCACGUGGGACCUGGACACUCAAGAGAUUGUCCUCAUCGAGGCUAUGAAGACUCCUUUGGCUUCGACAGGAGGGAGCAGGAGGAGGAACGUUUCCGUUCUCAAAGGGACCCACUGGAGGGCAGGAGGGACAGGAGCAAGGCCAGGUCCCCAUACUUGCCAGCUGAGGAGGAUGCCUUGUUUGUCGAUCUGCCUGGUGGGCCCCGAGGCCAGCAAGCACAGCCACAGCGAGCCGAGAAGAACGGGGUGCCACCUUACGGCCCGGGAGAACAAAAUGGGAGCAGUGUGUACCAGCGGACUGCUCCUCCCAGGGCCAACCCAGAGAAACACAGCCAGAGGAAGACCGGCCUGGCCCAGGCAGAGCACUGGGCAAAGACUCAGAAGGGAGAUGGCAGGAGCUUGCCCUUAGACCAGACACUUCCUCGCCAGGGUCCCAGCCAGCCCCUGUCCUUCCCAGAAAACUACCAGACUCUUCCCAAGAGCACUAGACAUCCUUCCGGGAGCUCGUCACCCCCUCCCCGGAACCUGCCCAGCGACUACAAGUAUGCACAGGACCGAGCCAGCCACCUGAAGAUGUCUAGUGAGGAGCGCCGGGCCCACAGAGAUGGCACCGUGUGGCAGCUCUAUGAGUGGCAGCAGAGGCAGCAGUUCCGUCACGGCAGCCCCACCGCACCCAUAGGAGCUGGCUCCCCAGAGUUCACCGAGCAGGGCCGCAGCCGGAGCCUGCUGGAGGUGCCCCGCUCUAUCUCCGUGCCUCCGUCUCCAGCUGACAUCCCUCCUCCGGGGCCUCCGAGGCCCUUUCCAACCCGACGGCCACAUACACCAGCAGAAAGGGUCACCGUGAAGCCACCCGACCAGAGGAGGAGUGUGGACAUCUCUCUGGGGGGUUCUCCCAGGAAGGCACGGGGUCAUGCUGUCAAGAACUCCUCUCAUAUGGACCGGCGUUCCAUGCCCUCCAUGGGCUACAUGACCCACACAGUGAGCGCUCCCAGCUUACAUGGAAAAUCGGCUGAUGACACCUACCUCCAGCUGAAGAAGGACCUGGAGUACCUGGAUCUGAAGAUUAAAAAUAAUGAACCUUUGAUCAACGUGCUUUACAAAGUGCUGAAGAAGUCAGCACGGGGCUGUCGGCCCGGGAGAAGCAUGACAGGCCGAGAUCUUCUUAAGGAUCGAAGUCUGAAGCCCAUGAAGAUCGCGGAGAGUGACACUGAUGUCAAGCUGAGCAUCUUCUGUGAACAGGACAGGAUUCUCCAGGACUUGGAAGACAAGAUCCGAGCUCUCAAGGAGAAUAAAGACCAGCUAGAAUCCGUGCUGGAGGUGCUGCACAGGCAGACAGAGCAGUACCGAGACCAGCCACAGCACCUGGAGAAGAUCGCCUGCCAGCAGAGGCUCCUGCAGGAGGACCUCGUCCACAUCCGUGCCGAGCUCUGCCGGGAGUCCACGGAGAUGGAAAACGCAUGGAACGAGUACCUGAAGUUGGAGAAGGAUGUGGAGCAGCUAAAGCAGACCCUGCAGGAGCAACACAGGAGAGCCUUUUUCUUCCAGGAGAAGUCACAGAUACAGAAGGAUCUGUGGAGGAUUGAAGAUGUCAUGGCAGGCCUGAGUGUGAAUAAAGAGAACUACAGAAUCCUGGUGGGAUCUGUCAAAAAUCCAGAAAGAAAAACGGUGCCUUUGUUCCCUCACCCAUCUGUGCCUUCACUCUCUCCAACUGAGAGCAAGCCGGCCGCCCUGCAGCCUAGCCCGCCCACCAGCCCCGUGCGGACACCUCUGGAGGUUCGACUCUUUCCUCAGCUGCAGACCUAUGUGCCAUACCGACCUCACCCGCCCCAGCUGAGGAAAGUGAUGUCUCCUCUGCAGUCGCCAACCAAGGCAAAGCCUCAGGCGGAAGAUGAGGCACCUCCCAGGCCACCACUUCCUGAACUCUACAGCCCAGAGGACCAGCCCCCGGCUGUGCCACCUCUGCCAAGAGAAGCCACCAUCAUUCGGCACACGUCUGUGCGUGGACUGAAACGACAGUCGGAUGAGAGGAAGAGGGACCGGGAGCAGGGCCAGUGUGUGAAUGGGGACUUGAAGGUGGAGCUCCGGUCCUACGUGAGUGAGCCAGAGCUGGCCAGCCUCAGUGGGGACGUGCCUCAGCCCUCCCUGGGCCUCGUGGGCUCUGAGAGCAGGUACCAGACACUGCCAGGCAGAGGGCUCUCGGGCUCCACGUCCAGGCUCCAGCAGUCGUCCACCAUUGCUCCCUAUGUCACACUCCGGAGGGGUCAGAAUGCCGAGAACAGCAGUGCGACCUUCUCUAGACCCAGGAGUGCCUUGGAGCGCCUGUACUCAGGGGACCACCAGCGGGGCAAGAUGAGUGCCGAGGAGCAGCUGGAGCGGAUGAAGCGACACCAGAAGGCCCUGGUCCGGGAGCGCAAGAGGACCCUGAGCCAAGGAGAGAGGACGGGUCUGCUCUCAGCCCGAUACCUAGGCCAGCCACUGCCUGGAGAUCUUGGCUCAUGGAAGCGAGAACAAGAUUUUGACCUGCAGCUGCUGGAGCGGGCUGCCCAGGGGGACAGAAAAGACAAAGAGGACGGCUGGCUGAAAGUGCAAGCCACACCUGUCCUGGAGUUGGACCUGGAGCCACAAGACUACGACUUGGACAUCAGCAGAGAGCUGUCUAAACCAGAGAAGGUCUCCAUCCCAGAGAGGUAUGUGGAACUGGACCCUGAAGAACCACCCAGCCUGGAGGAGCUGCAGGCACGCUACCAAAAGGCAGAGAAGAUACGAAACAUCCUUGCCCGGUCAAGCAUGUGCAACCUGCAGCCACCAGGCCAGGACCGCAACAGUCUGGCCGACCUGGACUCGCAGCUGCAGGAGCAGGAGCGGAUAAUCAACAUUUCCUAUGCCCUGGCUUCUGAGGCCUCUCAGCGCAGCAAGCAGGUAGCAGCGCAGCAGCUGGCCCUCCUCCCGCCUAAAGCCCCCCUGUCCUCCAGGACGGUGCCACCUUACCCCCCCUUAAGCAACGGACUGCACUACACCUUUGUCUAACACCUUCCAACCCAAGCAGUAAUGGACCCAUGAUCCAGUGUGAGGAGGAGAAGCCUGGAGCCGGGGCCCAGCGAAACCAGCAUCUUCUGGAAUAUGGUUCUUUCUGCCCCAGUGGAAACUCUUCCAGCUGAGCAGGGGCUCUGGCUGGGGGGGGGGGAGCAACUCCCCCACCAUGGUGGGUGCAGCAUGGGGUCAGGGCUCCGUCCUAACACACGCCCAUUCGUUUCAGUCCAGAUUCCUUUUUAGAGAUGACAGAAGCACUUUUGAUACACGAUGUGAAAUAUACUGUAUUUUAGAAUCAGAAUGUAUUUUAUAAUGCUCACCUGGAGGACUGACUGGCUGAUAAGGUGAGCCUGCAGGGUUUUGUAGCCACACAUAGGGAUUCAGGUACUAUGGGGGUGGGUGGCAUAGUGGGUGGGGAGAGGGACAAGGCAAGCAGAGGCCAUUUCCACCACCCGUGAACCCAGACGGUGGCAGGAUUUGAGGCUGUGCUUCCAGUGGGCUCCAGUAUGAAGCUCAGUACACGCCAGGAGAAGAGGGGCAGGCAACCGCAGAGGUCCGCAUCGUGAGCUGACGCCCAGCCUGGACACUCCUCCUGGAUGGCCCCACGGAGCUCGUCUGUGCCUUGGCCCUUGGUUCUGACUGAGGAGCAACCAUGUGCUCAAAAGCCUUGGCUUCUUCAGCUGUCGGUGAAGUGACGUUCCCUCAGAAACAGUUCUCAGAGAAAGAAGAAAAGGCACUGUGAAGUGGAAAGUAGAGAUGGGUUAUAGCAAUAAACUCAGCAUUGGGUGGAUCUGCUUACGGGAGCCUAGCCUGAGCCGUCCCACAGCCCGGCUAAAGGGCCUUUGCCGCCUGCUGUGGGGAAACCCAGGGCAGCUUCCCUUGACUAUGUCUGGUGAGGCAGGCAGGCAGGGCCAGGACACAGGAUUGUGACUUGACUCCAGCCCAGCUGAGGAGGAGGUUGGCACUGCCAGACUCAGUGUUUUGUCCCUUUAUUUAACUUGUCUCAAGACAUUCUACAUGCAGGAAGCAAUGAAAACCAUAAACACCUUCACUGGGUGGAGCCACAUUUUAAACCAGAAUUUGUCUUUGACUAUGCUUAGAAGAAGAAAAAGAAUCCUUGAAUAUAUUUAGAAGUUACUGUCUAUUUUUAACUAACUCCAUAUGCUGCCAGUAUCAACUUCAUGACAUUUGCCAAAAUAAGAUUUUAUUUUUUGCCUUUAUAAGAUU